GGGUGCUGGGUGUUGCGCCAGCUGUGCCUCAAUGAAGGAUCUUCAUUCAACACCUUUCCCUUCCCGUCACACCAGUCAAUGCGACUCCUGCAUUUUCCAGCACCAUUCGCUGCGCAGACCAGACUUUAGCAAAGUCUUCGUUGGCGGUCAGAAAGGCUACCAGACCUACCGGGACCUACCAUGGGACCUUCAAAAAAUUCAUCAGUCAGCUAUUAAAAUAAGACAUCUUGAGCCCCGGAAAAUUGCUCUAAUUGUUAUUGGAACAGCAGUGGCAGCAGCUAUCACCAUUGGUCUCCUAGUUUAUUUUCUGGCAUAUGAUCAGAAGCUGUUCUAUUACAGUGCCAAUGUAAAACUCACCAACAUCCGGUACAAUAAUGAAUUUUCCAGGCAGUCCUCAGGAAGGUUUAGAGACCUGAGCGAGAGGGUUGAGAGACUGAUCGACAAGACAUUUUACAAUUCCAUUUUAAGGAAAAAAUACAUCCGUUCACGCUUAAUCAGAGUGAGCCCAGAUGCUGAUGGUGUGAUGGCAGAGGCUCUGCUCACAUUCUGGUUCUCCGCCACGGAUUCUAGAGAAGUCUUGAGACAAAGAGUUCAAAGGAUCUUACGGAGGGGACUGAAAAAAUACACAGGGCCUCUGAGAAUAAAUGUCAGAUCUUCUACCAUCUCAAAUGUGGAGCCAAAAAGAGCAGAAGCCCUCUUCAACGAUAUCUGUGGGUUACGGCAGAAUAGAUCGGUCAAGUCAAUGGCAAAAUCGUCAUCGUUGCGAAUAGUUGGCGGAUUGUCUUCUGCAGAGACUGGGGACUGGCCAUGGCAAGCUAGUUUGCAGUACAACAACAUCCAUCGCUGUGGUGCAACACUCAUCAGCAACACGUGGCUUGUAUCUGCAGCUCACUGCUUCAGAGACAUGACUCACCCUCAGAAGUGGACUGCUACUUUUGGAGCUCUUUUGAAGCCACCAAGCUUGAAGCGAUCAGUCAAGACUAUUAUUAUUCAUGAAAAGUACCUCUACCCAGAACAUGACUAUGACAUUGCACUUGUGCAGCUCUCUAAACGAGUCGAGUUUACAAGUAGCAUACACCGUGUCUGUCUGCCUGAGCCAUCUCAGACUUUUCCCUACAAUAUUUACGCUGUCAUAACAGGCUGGGGAGCACUUACCAAUGACGGUCCAGCUCCAAAUGCUCUUCAAGAAGCAACAGUGAAACUUAUUGACUCAAAUACUUGCAACAGGAAAGAAGUGUAUGAUGGGGACAUAACACCCAGGAUGUUGUGUGCAGGAUAUUUGGAAGGAGGAGUAGAUGCUUGUCAGGGGGACUCUGGGGGACCACUGGUUACUCCAGACUCUAGACUGAUGUGGUACCUCGUGGGAAUAGUGAGCUGGGGAGAUGAAUGUGCCAAACCAAAUAAACCUGGAGUUUACACACGGGUGACUUAUUUCCGUGACUGGAUUACCUCAAAAACGGGCAUCUAAUUCAAAAGUAAAAAAUAGAUUUAACUACACAGACUACGUGUAACUCAUAUUUAUCUGUAAUUCUGAAAAGUUUUUUUUUAGUAUAUAUAUUCCUAUAUAGUUUUGGUUGAAGCAACCUUAGCCCACAGCAAGCACUAUCUUUGCUGUCAGAGAUCCUAUCCCCUUCUGAAUGCAUGUUAAACAUACGACAUUGUCUGCCUCAUCUUUGAGCCGUGAAACUUUCUCACUUGCCAGAAACUAUGAACUGACAUCAUUAAACUAACUUUUAAGCGAUACCAAUUUACCUGCUUUAUAAAUGCAAACAUUUUCCAUAGGAAAAAAAAAAAGAAAUUUUUCUUCAGCCAUGGCCAAAGUCUGCAGCUGAACCUUCUUCCUCCAGUGAAGCAAAUGCUGUCACAGCUGUGUUUUUAGCAAAGUGAACCCUUGAUUAUAAGUCUUGUUAGAGACUAUCAUCUGCACCAACUCCAGCUGAGACCCCGGAUGCUCACCCUGCUUGGUGGCCUUGGUAACUAACAGUGGAUCAGCAGGACUGAGGGUAUGUCCUAGCUAAGGAAAAGUAGGAUUUCUGUGCUUGCAGUAGAUAGGAAGGGAAAAGAGAAAAUCUUGAUGUUCUUAUUUCACAGCACAUUUUUAACAGGAAAUUUUUAUGUGGAUUCUGUAAAGUUCAAGUUACUUGAAGGUAUUAUGGUGGAAGUACUUCAUCACAAUGCUGUGCUGCUACCUCUGUACCUGUUGUCUUCUAGAUCUACCCUGUUCAACACCCAAUUUGCUUAAGAUGCAGAAACAUAAGCUCCACCCAAAUUGGUAAAAAGUGUGUCCUCAUGAACAAUCUCCCCGGAAAGAAAUAGGGCAUUUAAAUUUGUGUUAAUGGAGAAACAAAUAUUCACCACAAACUGGAAACUACCUUUUUUAUUCACGAAACAGCAUGCUUUUCCAAGGGCAUGCCAGCCAGUGGAAACCAUCUCACUGCAAUGAAAGCAGUCUUGCUUCACUGAUGGAUUCAGCUCUGCCAUGAAUGAAUAUGAUCUUGAAUAUGAAUAUGUCUUAUGAGGAUGAAGAGUAAUUUCAUAUGAAAUAACAGUCCUGAUAAGAACUUCAGAGUAAACACAAUCCUUAUACACCGACUAAGCACUUUCCUACCUCUGUGCAUGACCUCUCAUGGAUUGCUGGUGGAAGAGGGUCCUCUAAAGCCCAGGUCUUCAAUAUGAGGAUCCAAAAUGUCACUCCAGUACUGUCAUCUGCAGUCUUUGAAUGGCCACUGGACUGCUCAGGCUGUGAAUGCAGGACUCACAAGAGUCUGUAUGAGACAUGAAUGAAACUGCAAGUCCCACAGCUGCACCUACUACAGCUGAAAAUUUCACUGAAUCAUCCUGCCUCCCCUGCUGUUCAGGACUGGAUUUCUCCUCAUUCUUCCUACUGUGCAAGCUCUCCAAUAAUCAGCAUCCUUGGGAAUGAGAUGCUUGGCAUUUCUUGAAAACUCACACCCUGAAUUACAAGUCUACAUAUGGAUGGAAAAGCCUAUGUUUAAGCCGUGGUGGUGGAGGAAGAGGUUGUCUUAUUGCUGAGCUCCUUCCAGUCUUUCUGUAUAUCUUUUGAAUUUUGGUAAAAGACAAGAUGCCUUAUCUCAGAAAGAAAUCUACUGAAGGUUUUAGAUUGGUUUUGCUUUUGAAACAGUAGUACCUUUAUUCUGAUUUUCCAUGUCAUUAUAAAAUGAAAAGGAUCUUGGAACAGUUAGGGGGAUAGUUAGAUGCAGCAGAUCCAUUUCCUUAAGUUAUUGAUGAAGUUUGUAAUUUAUGCACUUUUGAGUUGCUGCUAUUUUUCAACCAAGAAUUUACUCUAGGCCGGGUUCAGUUACAAAAUAGAAAAUUCAUUGAGUUUUGAAUUAGGUCACCUGAAAACACUGUUUUCUUCUAGUGUUCAAGUCCCUUUUUUUGAAAGCAUCCUCUGGAAAGAAAAUUACGUCUAAUUUUUUGUGCCUCUUAUUGCUUUGAAAGUGAAAAUUAUGACAAGUGCCCUUCCUUACAAUAAACUCAUGAAUUGAGAUAGAAGGUAUACAGUUCACUUUCAUCGAUAGCUGGGGCUCUGUUUUGCACUUAAAUCUAUCUUUUUGCAUAGCAAAUGAGGGGGCAACAAUAAGGAGGUGAGGCCCAGACUAGACACAGCCCCGAGAAACUGGUUCCUACCUCACACUGCAAGUGAUGUGUAUAUGCAAUACCUUUAAAAUGAGAAAGGCAGCCUUUAUUUCAGAUUUUCUCGCAAGAGGCUAAACAGCCAAGAGGUGUGUGGGAGAAUGUCUACCUUACUCAGGGCCCUGAGCCAGCCAGAUGCACUUUUCAUAAACUUUUAGCAAACUGUCUGGCCUAGGUUUGUCUUAUACUCCGUGUCAGUGUUUUAUUUAUGAUGACUCUGUUUGUUUUCCGCCCUACAAUAAAACAAAGAGAA